AUAAGCUGUAUCGUUCAAACUUCAACUUUCACUUUUCAUAAAAUAAACAUUCGAAAAUCACGCAUUACAUUGACAGAUGGUAUUGAUUCAGUAAACAGAGGAGUACAGAAGAUUUAUUGGAUAAACAUAAGAUAAUAUAGAAAGACAUACCAGCAUAUAAAAUGGCAUCAAGAGGCAGGCAGGAGACGUCAAAGUUAAAGUCAAACUUAGAGGAACAGCUUGAGAGAUUGAUGCAGCAGCUGACUGACCUGGAGGAAUUAAAGGAAGACCUUGACGAUGAGGAAUAUGAAGAUACCAAGAAUGAUACCAUAGAACAAUUAAAGGAGUUUAAAGAGUCCCUAGAUAAAAUGAUGGGUGGAGAUUUAAGUUUGGUGGAUGAGUUAAACAGUAUGCAACUGGCAAUCCAAGCAGCUAUUUCCGAAGCUUUUAAAACACCAGAGGUUAUUAGAAUGUUUGCCAAGAAGCAGCCUGGACAAUUACGUGAUAGAUUAGCAGAAAUCCAAAGAGAUGAAAAGAUUGGUAAAAUACCCAAAAGUCAGGCCGUAGGCCAGUCAGUAGAAAUUUUAACAGCACUUAAGAAAUUGGGAGAAACCCUAUCUCCUGAAGAAGAAGCCUACCUACAAAGUAACUCUAGUGCCAGUUUAAAGGAGUUUGAAAAAGUUUCUGAAAACCUAGCAUCUGGUGACAAAGUGUUAGCAGUUGCCGGGAGUCAAGUUCAACAAGCCAACAAAUAAACCUUACCACAAAAUUAGUGCAUCACUAUUCAGAAAAUAAGAAGAAAUACUCACCUCUCAUAAGCAGUCAACCUGAAAUAAGCAGCCAUAUUCCGUAAUCCCUUUCAUAUACUGCCCCUGUAUUUGCUUAGAUUGUUUUAUGAGCCUACUAUACAGCUGCAAUAAUGGAUUCCAAAUGCCUACAGUAUAUGUUUAUACAUGUAGGAUAUAGCAUGCCUGUUUUAGUGCUUGCAAUUUCAACAGACAAAAGUUUUACAUUAAUUUUAGUAAUUUGUGAGAUUUAUAUAAGUAUUUUGUGAGUAAGAACCCUGAAAAUAACCAAGAAGAAGACCACAAUGAAAUCAGUACAAACAUGUAUCAUUUUAGACAUAAUAUUUAGUGCUAAUGCACCAAGUUUCAUGAUUUAGUUUGAAAUUUUAG